CGGAAGCGCGUGCACCUUGCAACAGCCACAAUCCUGAAAAAGAGAGGACAGGAAAGAAGUCAUCCUUUAUAACUUUCAACACGAGCAAUUAUUUUUAAACAUCUUUUGAUGAACCAUCAGUGACUGGAGAUUAACGCCGCUGAUGUUGACUCUCUGGGGCAGUGACUGAAGUCCAGAUCAGAUGUUGACAGAAGAGUUCAUUCACUGAGUGCUGGACUAAAGCUAAUAGACGAGCUUUACUGACUGCAGACGGAGGAACAGAGACAUGGCUCAUUUUCAUUUGCACUCUCUAGAUGUCCAGAGCUUCCGAGAAAGGUCAUGAGAAUACUUCAGUGCGUUUAUAAAUCACGGAUUUUAAAAAUGGGCAAUGUGUCGAAUAAAGUCAGAAAAGUAACGCUUGUAGUCGACUAAAGGUCGUUUCUGGUUGUUGUUUACGAGGCGGUUCAGGAGGACCAGACACAGCUCAGGCUGAGCAUUCAUGGAGAAUACUUUUAUAAAGUGUUAGCUGUUGUGUUAGCCUCUGAAAUGCCGUUGGUGGUUUCUACUGCACGGUGACGUUAGCGUUGGCGGACAAAGUUGGCCGUUUGAAGUACUGACGUGUCCUCUGGCUGAAGCUGGACGGACACGCCUGUCGCAGUUUCUGCCCCGCAUCAACGCCACGUCAAAAUGUCUAGAGCGGGACGACGGUUUAAAGCUUUGCAUGCCAAUAACGGACAGGCGCUGGCCGGAUGCGACCCCCGGAGAGGGAGGCGCGUGCGCGUGCUGCUGCUGCUGUGCCUGUGCGGCGCGCUGUCGCUGGCCAUGAUUUUGGCGCUGUACCUUUCAGCAGAGCCCAGCGGGUCACUACUACCCCAUCCUGCAGAUCUCAUCAAGGACAGGCUCUCUCAUAAGCCAAAUAAAUACUCUGUGGCACAAGCCAAGAAACUGGCAGGACAGGUGGAUGGGCAUCGGCUUUGGGAGACUCACUUGCGGCCCCUGCUAAUUGAACGAGUGCCUGGGACAACAGGCAGUCAGAUCAUACGGCAGCAUAUCUUGUCUCAGCUGCGAUCGCUGUCAGCUGGAUGGACGCUAGAGGAGAAUGACUUUGUUUCAUCCACCCCUAAGGGUGAUGUGACCUUCACCAAUCUGCUGGCAGUUCUGGACCCCUCGGCUCCUCGCAGGCUCCUCUUAGCAUGUCACCACGACUCCAAGAUCAUUCCAGCAGACCCCAAGAACUCCAAGCGGGUGUUUGUGGGUGCCAGUGACUCAGCCGUACCCUGUGCCAUUAUCUUAGAGCUGGCCUCCGCUCUGGACAAACAGCUUAAAGCUCUCAAACAGCAGAGGUCUGCGGUGACGCUGCAGCUGGUGUUUUUUGAUGGAGAGGAGGCGUUUGAGGAAUGGACAGACACAGACUCUCUCUAUGGCUCUCGUCAUCUGGCUGAACUGAUGUCUCGUACUCCUCACCCUGCUGGAUCCACCAAAAGUUCUCUUUUACAGGCAGUGGACCUGUUAGUUCUUUUGGACCUGCUGGGUGCCCCAGAACCACUGAUUGUCAAUCAUUUUGAUAAUACAGCAAGGUGGUUUGACCGACUGAUCGCUGCAGAGAAGAGACUCCACAAACAGGGUUUGCUGACGUCUCACCCAUCAGAACAGAGUUACUUCAGGAAGGAUUUUUAUCUUGGUCCAGUGCAGGAUGACCACAUUCCAUUCUUAAACAGAGGUGUCCCCGUGCUGCACUUGAUCCCCACACCGUUCCCCGUGUUCUGGCACACACUGGAUGAUGUAGAGGAGAGGAUGCACAGGCCCACAGUGGAAAACCUCACUAGAAUCCUGGCCAUCUUUGUGGCUGAGUACCUGAGCCUCUAAACAUGCUGUAAUGUUCAUUCUACAGCAGACGUUUAGUCACAUGACCACAUGUUGAAUGUAGCCACUGUAAAUAAUGAUGAUAAUAAUAGAGCCAUACAUCAUAACUACCAAAGAGGCACACAGUGUAAUGAUGUGUUUAUUUGGAGUGUGAAUGGUACAUGCUGAUUACAUUCAUAUAUUUUUUCUGCUGAAAAGAGCCAUAUGUCAUAAUAGGACAAACACUCAUGUUACGGCAGCUGUAAAAGGCCUAAUCUCAUCCUUAAAGAGACUGUUAGACCAUCAUUUUGUGCUUUGUUUGACUUCAGAGUCAAGUUGAAGUUUUCAUUCAGUUCAUUAAUCAUACUUUGUGAAGUAUGUGCUGAUAAACUACAUUAUAAAUGCAUUUGCAUUGAAACUGCAUUCAGGAAAGCCAGCGGUGCUGCACUUCACAUGAAGGUCAGUACACGAGAGAUUGAGAGAUGCUUGUUUUAAGAAUCUGUAAGAAGCAUUACAUGUGUUUUAAGAGAAAUAGAGCUGAUUUUGUACAUUACUUAGUCAAUGAGCUGUUACCACUUUAAACCAAAAGAUCAAGUGAAGGGUCUGAUGGAGAUUCCUAAUAAACUUAAGGAAACACUGAAAA